AUAUCUUGCAGUAUAUGCGGAGCUCCGGAGGAUAAUCCGGAGCAUGCAGUGCUAUGUGUUCACAUGGGUCUCGCAGUUGUCGAAGCUAUUAAAGUUUUUCAAAAACGAACAAAUUCAAAUGUGGACAUGCGAGUCGGAAUUCACACUGGGGCCGUUUUGGCUGGCGUCCUGGGGCAGCGUCAGUGGCAAUUUGACGUCUAUUCAGAGGAUGUGACAUUGGCUAACAAGAUGGAAAGCAGUGGAAGACCAGGCCGGGUUCACAUUUCCAAUAAAACAUUGGAAUUUCUGAACGGUCAGUUUGAAGUGGAACCUGGGGAUGGUGAUGCUCAAGAGGAGAAAUUGAGAAUGGCCGGCAUCAAGACAUUUUUUAUAACCAAAGUUUUAGUCCCAUUUGUUGAUGAUUCAGUCGAAGAAAAGAAGACAAAGAAAGGACAAGGGAACGAUAACUCGUACGGGGAACGAUUGGAGGCUCACCUUAGCUUACAGCAAAAAAAUUUUGCUAAAUCCGUGAACAAGGUAACGCUCCAAUUCAAAGAUACCGACAAAGAGAAAGCAUACGCCAAGGUGGAAGAUCCAUCAAAUGGAAAAUCCUUCUUCGGCUUGACCUGCAUCGUGGCAGCCACAGCGGCAGCCUCCGCAUUAAUAAUUUCCUUCCAAACCGUCGGCUUCACAUCGGCAAGUUUGACCAUUAUUACCGUCUCGGUCAUAGGAUUAUGGAUUAUGACGGGUCGAAGUGCAUUUUUGGGCAAAAUGCUGGCAAGAAGUGUGCUCACUAUCGUUUGUGUAAUAGUCGCAGUAGCGACCAAUUUUUCAUACCUGGUCCCAUGUUUUCAAGCAGGAAGCAUUAAAUCUAGAAAUUCCUCUGCCCUAACGACUCGACAAGAAGUGGUGAAACAUUGGGCAGACUUGAGUUGCUCUUACCCAGCAUAUUUUUCCGUCUUCUUGGCCCUCUGUCUUUUCGGACUCAGCAUAAUGUCGAACACGGCAAGUUGGCUGAAAAUAAUUGCAUCUGCCUUGAUUACGCUGAUGGGAAUCACUGUAAUCAAUCUGGGCUCGAUUCACAAAGCCUACUCGUAUUCGGAAAUCUUUAGCUUUCCAGACGGAUUUGAUUUGGUUUUGGAGUCGGCACAGGCAGGAAUAUUCCUCCUCUUGAUAUUUGCACUCAUGUGCUGGUUGAAUAGACAAUUGGACUCGUCGUCUCGGUCGUUGUUUUUACAAAAGCAUGAUGUCGGACGUCUCGGGGAGCAGGCAGUGGCGCUGAGGGAAAGGAAUGAAGCUUUGAUGUGCAACAUUAUGCCGCAACAUGUCGCAGAACAUUUCCUGGACAAGACACAAAAUCAUGACCAGCUAUACAGCCAUAAUUAUCAAGAGGUUGGUGUCGUGUUUGCAUCAAUGCCUAAUUUUUCUGACUUUUAUACGGAAGACGCUGUAAACAAUCAAGGCUUAGAAUGUUUGCGAUUCUUGAAUGAAGUUAUAUCAGAUUAUGAUGCCAUAUUAGAUUAUCCUAAAUUUAAGGACAACAUAAUUAAAAUUAAAACAAUUGGGUCAACAUAUAUGGCAGCAAGCGGACUGAAUCCAAAUAACCAAGUCCAGCCGGGGGAAGUACUUCGUGAACGAUGGCGUCAUUUAUCAUUACUUGUUGAAUUUGUAUUUGAAAUGAAAAAUGUACUGGACCGAAUCAAUAAAGAAAGCUACAAUCAGUUUGUUUUGAGAAUCGGGGUCAAUCAUGGCCCUGUAACCGCAGGAGUUAUUGGUGCCACGAAACCAGCGUAUGACAUGUGGGGAAAUAGCGUUAAUGUUGCCUCUAGAAUGGAAAGCACAGGAAAAGCUGGCAAAAUGCAGGUGACUGAAGAAUGUUACAAAAUUCUGAGAAUGUACGGGUACGAAUUUGAACUACGAGGAUACGUGUCCGUGAAAGGCAAGGGCGACUUGUUGACCUACUUUUUGAUUGGUGUUGGAAAAGGGGAAUUGUCGGACGAGGAGUUGGAAGCCCUCGAGAAACAGGAAGCAGAUUCUGUACCACUUCCCCCAGCAGAGGGGUAAACAUUUCGCAUACCGUAUUUUAAAGAAUUAAAGUUGACUGUACUUACGUUAUUGGAGAACAAUUUUAAUAAACAGAACAAUUAUAUAAUUGUACAACAAAA